UCGGCACAUAGCAUAUACCCAUACCCAGCAUCAAAAAAUUCGGCGAUUUAUUCCACGCGAAACCCACUGCUCAUCACGCGUGAAGGCUCGACAUCGUCGGACAUCUGACGGCGCACAGCCGGUCUGACUUGUACAAGUACCGUUACCGCGUCCGCUUUUUGCGUCUUCCUCGUCUCGUCUUCCCUGCCUCUGAGCCACAAUGGUAUCCCUACCAGAGUCACUGCGCCGGCCCAUUGAGUGCCUUGUGAUCGAUAAUUUCGACUCCUUUACCUGGAACCUCUACCAGUCUCUCUCUCUGCUCGGCAUAGAUGUCACUGUCAUCCGCAACGAUGCCAUCGAUGUCGCGGCCCUACCUCGCCUUGAUAUUAAACGUCUCAUCAUAUCGCCCGGCCCUGGACAUCCGCGCACCGACUCAGGCAUCUCGCGCGAAGCGGUACGGUACUUUAUGGGCAAGGUACCUAUUUUGGGCGUGUGCAUGGGUUUGGAAGCUAUCGUGGAUGUGUUUGGAGGUGAAAUUGGAUACGCAGGCGAAAUCAAGCACGGCAAGCUUUCUCCCAUCCGUCACGACGGACGCGGUAUCUUUAACGGUCUCCCACAAUCAUUCCAAUCAACGCGCUACCAUUCACUCAGUGCAUCCGUCAGGACUGUUCCUGAUGUCCUCGCUAUCACAGCUGCUACAGAGGAGAGCGGUGUCAUCAUGGGCGUUCGUCACAGGCAAUACUCAAUUGAAGCGGUACAGUACCACCCGGAGAGCGUGCUUUCGGAGGAGGGUGAUACUCUCCUACGAAAUUUCCUCAACUUGCGCGGCGGGACGUGGGAAGAGAACCCUUCCGCUCGUGUAACCGACUUGUCCCUCCCUCCAUUCCCGAUUGACGGGCCGACUGCUUCGAACGGGAUGACGCCUGCGCAGCAAAAAUCCAGUAACAAGCUGCCAACGAUCCUCGAAAAGAUCCACGUACAGCGUUUGAAAGACAUCGAAGAGGCUAAGAACACACCAGGAACGUCAAUGGAAGACCUCGAGACCUUACUUGCUAUGAACCUAUCUCCUCCAGCAAUUAACCUCGUCGAACGUCUCCGCACAACAGGACCCGAAAACUCUCCUGCACUCAUGGCAGAGAUCAAACGCGCCUCACCUUCCAAAGGGCCCAUCGCACUUCGCGCGAACGCGGCGCAACAAGCAUUGGACUACGCACUCGCAGGUGCUUCUGUUGUGUCCGUCUUAACAGAACCACAUUGGUUCAAGGGAUCUCUACUCGACAUGCGUCUCGCUCGUCAAGCAAUCGAUACCUUACCUAACAGACCUGCAGUCUUACGAAAAGAUUUCAUCGUUGACGAAUAUCAAAUUGCCGAAGCGCGUCUACAUGGAGCGGAUACGAUCCUCCUCAUCGUUGCCCUUCUCCCUAUUCACCGUCUCAAAGCGCUCUAUACCCACUCAAGACGCCUUGGAAUGGAGCCAUUGGUGGAAGUGAACAACGAUAAGGAGAUGAUCGCUGCACUGGAGCUAGGUGCGAAGGUUAUAGGCGUGAAUAACAGAAACUUGCAUAGUUUCGAGGUAGAUAUGGGAACGACGAGUCGACUCGCGAGUUUGGUACGUGAAAAACAAAAGGAAGGAGAGGUUAUCUUAUGUGCCUUGAGCGGCAUCUCGAAAUCGGAAGAUGUGAAAGCCUAUGCUGAGCAAGGCGUGGAAGUGCAAGCUGUACUUAUCGGUGAAGCGUUAAUGCGUGCACAAGAUACCAAGACGUUCAUUCGUAACUUACUCGGUUGGUCCGUUCCCGAAGAAACCGAGGGAGGAGAAGAGGAAGAAGAAGGACCACCACUUGUGAAGAUCUGUGGAAUCCGAACAGUUGACGAAGCGCUCACUGCAGCACAAGCAGGAGCAGACAUGCUCGGACUCAAUUUCGUACCUACGAGUAAACGACGGAUCGCGUUGGACGUAGCGUGUCGGAUCGCACAUGCAAUUCGGGAGAGACGGACACAGGCGGAGGCGGAGAUCCCUAUUGUAUCUGCUGAAGCUACGUCUACAAAAGAAAGUAAAGAUGCAUCGCAGACGGAGAAGAAUUUACCGUGGUUCGCGACACAUGCGAAUUGGUUGGCAAAGACACUGCGUGCAGGACAUGCGAGACCUCAACUUGUAGGUGUCUUCCAGGACCAACCAUUAUCAUACAUACUCUCCGUCAUCGCCUCCGUGCAACUUGACAUCGUACAACUACACGGGACGGAACCGCUCCAUUGGUCUACGCAGUUACCCGUUCCUGUCAUUCGCGCGUUCCACGUCUCCUCUUCUGUUGGAGAUGGGAGUACUGUGAGCGGUGUGGAAGGGAUAACUCGACCGGGAUUGCAUCAAUUCGUGUUACUUGAUGCGAUGAGAGAAGAUGGGAAGAGUGGAGGGAGUGGGAAGGUUGUUGAUUGGGAGCUUGCGAGGAGAGUCGUUGAGGCUGGUGAAGUGGGACCUUCACCAUUCUCGCCUUUCCCUACUCUUUCCUCUUCAUCUUCUCCUUCUGUUCCCUCAAUUUCCGCACCUCGAGCCAACGGAGAACCGAAUGUGAAUGCGAAUGGAAUCAGUAAUACGACAAACGGACUCGUCUCCCCACCCCCUACAACCACUUCUUCAACCACUUUGUCCUCACCUACGACACCCACGCCUACCCAUCCUCCUUCUUCCACGCAAUCUCAAACCCAGCCGGAUACCUCAGUGUCUCCGAAAUCAGAGACAGAGACAGGGAAAUUGCGAGGAAUUGGAAGGGGAAGACUCCCGAUAAUCCUCGCAGGCGGCUUAACACCCUCUAACGUCUCCCUUGCCAUCGAGCGUGUGAAGCCGUGGGCUGUGGACGUCUCUGGUGGAGUUGAACGCUCUUCCUCCUCUUCUUCCAUCUCCACCUCCUCCUCCGCUACUGCUAAUAGCGAAGGACUUGGUAAGGACUUGGAGAAAGUCGUUGCGUUCGUUAGAGCUGUUAAAGGUGUUCAGAACGAUGUUGUUGAAGUUGGAAAUGACGUUGAGGAUGUUAAUGCAGGUGCGAGUGGAGCAGGCGCUGAGGAAGAAGGAGAGGAGAGGGAGAGUAAGAGUGAGAGUAAGAGGACGAGUGCUAGUACUAGUGUUGUUGUGGAUGGUGGUGUUACUACUGCGAGUGUAGAGGGUGAGGAGAAGGCUGUAGAGGUGGGCUGAAGCGUGGUGAAGCGUUCAAGUACGUAGGCAGGUAAAAGGAAAAAUCUCGUUUGUUUGUUUAUUUAUUUGAUUGUAAUAUUACCUUUUGUUUCUUGUUCUCUCGUCUUCGCCUUCGGGUUUGACUUGGUUGUUUCGGAGUACAUAUCUUUCCGUGUCUAUUUGUUUUCGGUGUUUUUGCAGCUUUGUACAGGGACUAUGAUGCAGACCUUAUAAACAUGCCUUGUGCUGUGUGUGUAAGUAGGAUGGAUAAAGAUAAAGGUCUACAAGUCUACAUUAUACUAUUUCACAAUUCUUCUUCCUUCUCUAAUAAUAA